AUGAAUGUCUCUACCUGCUUACCACCUGCCCCAAAUUGGAAUUCUACAAAGGCUGCAGCAAUCUCUUUAGAAGAAAACUUGUUUGCUUAUACCUCUUCAAACGACGUUAUAUUAUUAAGCGCUGGAACACUUCAAUAUGUAGGUAGAUUUCGCGGGCAUACAGACAAGGUUAACGCCGUGGACUUUUGUGAUAACCUUUGUGCUAGUGGAGGUGCCGAUAACACAAUAAGAUGUUGGGAUGUGCUGACCCAAAAGCAAACAGCUAUUUUGAAGCAUCAUAAGAGUGAAAUUUAUGCAUUGGCGUGGAUAAAAGACAAAAAAUUUGUAGUAUCAGGAGACAAAUCUGGUGAUAUUUCUAUAUGGAAUCCAUCAAAAAACAAGUCCAACAAACUUUACCUCAUUCAGUCUCCAAUAUAUGAUAUUUCAUCAUCACCUACAGUUGAGAAUUCACUAGCGAUUGGGAUAACGCGUCGAUUAAAUGGUCACAAUUUUGAAAUUCAAAGUCUAUCAUGGGAAUUUCCAACUGGGGAUUAUGACACUGCAAAGUAUACUUUACUCGCAUCCGGCUCUCGGGACAAAACAAUACGCAUUUGGAAUGUCGAAGAAGAAAGUUCGAUAAAGACAAUUAAUUUACCCCAGCCAAUGCAUCAUCUCACCGAUCAACAAAAAUCCAGAGUGUGGGUGGCCUCAACAUGGAUUCCAGAUCGUAAUAGUGUGAUUACAAGCUCAUAUAUGGGUGAUUUACUUUUAUGGGAUUUAAAUGUUUCAACUACGAAAUACCAAAAGUUUUUGAGUGGCCAUUCUCGAAGCGUUUUUUCGAUUGUGAUGUAUGCAUGUGGUACGAAAGCUAUAACAAUCUCUAUGGACCGAAAGAUUAUUCUCUGGGAUCUCAUCCAAAAGAAGCCAAUUUUUACUGUGUCCUGCAUUCACAAUUAUGUUAGUGACAUUGAUGUUUCUGUAGUGGAUCCACAUAGGCUUGCCAUUGCAAGUGGUGAUAAUAAUAUUCGUGUAUGGAAUAUCGCGAAUAAGCUUGAUCCAUUUAGCUGCACUUUGUAUUGGAAAGGCUUGAAAAAUAAACUUACAUGUAUAAAAUCCCAUCCAAACCGUGAAGGAUUCCUUGCAUUUGGAACUGAUCUGGGUAAUAUUGGCUGGUAUGAAGUAUAUAACGACAAAUCCAAAACCUUCAAUUCUUAUCAUAAAAGCAAGGUCUACUCUAUCCAUUGGUGUAAACCUGAAUGGUUAGGCCAAGGUUUAGCAGAUGAGAAUUCAGACUACAGCUUAAUUAUAAGUUGUGGUGGGGAUGGACAGAUACUUUUAAGUGAUACUACGAAACCAAAGCAAUCUAAGAUCAUCAACGACAUGAUAAAAGAAGCAAAUCCCGAAUGGACUUCAGUUAUGAAGGAUAAAUCUGGUUAUCUACCAAAACGUAGUGAAAUAGCGGUUCAUCCAGCGGGCAAAUUUCUUGCUAUUGGUAAUGUCGAUGGCAGUAUCGAAGUUUAUAAUCUACCGUCAUUUAAAAUUGUCUACCACAAUAUCGGCCAUCGAUCCAUAAUCAAUAAACUUGAAUGGCGCCAUUUAGAUGAAAUAGGAAAUUCAUUUUCUCUUGCUUCUGGUGCAGACGACAAUUUAGUCAUGAUUCAUGAUUUUUCCGAUUUAAAUAAAUUGAUUUCCACAACUACUGUACCAACUUCUUCAUGUAAACAAGUACUUGAUAUGCAUAAGAAAGGAGUGACUGACUUAUCUUGGAGUCCUUCUGAUGCUAAUAAAUUAGUCUCCUCAUCGUUUGAUGGCACAGCUAUUGUAUGGGAUAUACAACGUGGCAUUCCAAUUUCAAUGUUUCGUGGCCAUCAUGGCCGGUUAUUAUGUACAAUUUGGAGCUUGGAAGAUGAAGAUACAAUUUUUACGGGCGGAGAUGAUGCUUCAUGCUUUUGCUGGAAAAUAUCUGAAAAUCCAUAUGAACUCUCUAAAGAAGAACUAGAUUUCAGUUCGGAAAUUAAAAGCAACAUUAUGCCUGAUGCUGUUGCGAAAGAUAAUAUGUCCCAGCCAUCAGAAGAAGCUAUUUUAACGACACUUGAUAAGAUAGAACAUACAACAACAGACAUACCGGAGCCAAUUCAGAAAGUUGAAGUUCGUGCAUCCAAAAAAAAAAAGUUCAAGAACCUUUUGCCUUUAGCAACAUCUCCAUCACGAAGAAAGAAUCUUCAAUAUAGUACUUUUGACAUCGCAAGAAAAUUAUAUGGUGGUGAUAUAUCGAAAGCAAUGGAAUUUUGGGUUGAUAAUGAUCAUAAAGGUCAAAUAUUGACCGACGAACACGAUAAUACCGAUAUUCAGGUUCCUCCAUCUGUAGAGCUAUUUUUUGGGGAAGGAAAUAAAUCACGAAAGAUAAUUGAGCAAGAAAGAAUUACUAUGGGUUUAGGGGGAUUGGAAGCCAGUCCUACUUUUCCAUUGCAAAUGUGGUCUAAUAAUUUUGCUGAAUUGAUUAAAGGUUAUGAAAAUAAUGACGAAUUUGCCAAUAAAGAUUGGAUACUUCUUGCCCUUAGUCCAUUUGCUGGCCGAGACGUAUGGCAAUCCUUGAUACGUCUUCAGGCUGAGAAACUUGCAGCUAAAAACGAUCGCCACGGUGCGGUAUUAUGUUGGUUGGCGUGUGGAGAAGUCUAUGAAGCUAUCGAUGUUUAUCGCAAAGCUGAAAUGUACCGUGAGGCGAUUGCUUUAGCAAAACUUCGCCUGAUUGAUGAGGAUCCAAUUUUUUCGGAUCUAUAUUGUUUAUGGGCCAAUCAAUUAGAAAAAGAAGAGGCAUACGAACAGGCUGCAAUGUGCCAUUUAGCGGCGAAAAAAGAGAAUUCGAUCCAUCACGCAUUAAACGUUUUAUCGCGUCGUGGUGAUCCUUCAGCACUACGCACUGCAGCCAGUUUAGCAUUGAUGCUUGGUGAUUCAUCCGCAGACGAAAGAAUAUCGAGAUAUAUUGAAGAUCAGGAAAUAAGAAGCUCUAAAAAAAGUAAUCACGUGGAAUCAGAUAAUGUGAAACCAUUUGAAGA